AGGGAGCUUGUGGUCAGGCUGUUUGAAGUCAGUGCAGUUUCAGGUGUCAGGGCAGGACACAAUAUUGGGCUGUAAUUUUAGGCUUUCCCCCGCAGGGCAACAACAUAGGCCUGUGCCCUCCCAGGCGGGUGCUUCACAUCAGGACCCUGUUCAGUAUCCGUACCAGCCCAGUACAACAGGGAGGGGGUCUUGUCGGCAUUCCUUGGCAGGGUAAGGAAACCAAGGCCCAGGAAGGGAAGUGCCUUGCCCGAGGUCACUGUGCCAGUAAGGGAGAGAGGAAAUCCAGCCCUGGCUGCCCCUCCAGAAUCUGUGCCCACAGAGUUGGAAGGGUGUGAGGACCAGAGCCAGGCUCUGCCUGUGUCUCGGCCCCAGGUGGCAGUCACCCCCACUAAACCCGCCUUCUCAUCCUUUGUGAUGAGAAGCUGCACAGAAGAGAGAGGGUCCCCAGAAUGGGGCAGGGGCUCUGCGAGCCGUUCCUCACCUGGUCCGGGGCUGGCCACCUGGCUGCGGUUCUCCCCAAGCAGUUUUACAGAGUUUUUGGAUCCAUUCCAGAGAGUCAUCCAGCCAGAAGAGAUCUGGCUCUAUAAAAAUCCUUUGGUGCAAUCAGACAACAUACCUACCCGCCUCAUGUUUGCAAUUUCUUUCCUCACACCCCUGGCUGUUAUUUGUGUGGUGAAAAUUAUCCGGCGAACAGACAAGACUGAAAUUAAGGAAGCCUUCUUAGCAGUGUCCUUGGCUCUUGCUCUGAAUGGAGUCUGCACAAACACUAUUAAGUUAAUAGUGGGAAGACCUCGCCCCGAUUUCUUUUACCGCUGCUUUCCAGAUGGAGUGAUGAACUCAGAAAUGCACUGCACGGGUGACCCCGAUCUGGUGUCCGAGGGCCGCAAAAGCUUCCCCAGCAUCCAUUCCUCCUUUGCCUUUUCUGGCCUUGGCUUCACGACGUUCUACUUGGCUGGCAAGCUGCACUGCUUCACCGAGAGUGGGCGGGGGAAGAGCUGGCGGCUGUGUGCUGCCAUCUUGCCCCUCUACUGCGCCAUGAUGAUUGCCCUGUCCCGUAUGUGUGACUACAAGCAUCACUGGCAAGAUUCUUUUGUUGGUGGAGUCAUUGGCCUCAUUUUUGCAUACAUUUGCUACAGACAGCACUACCCCCCUCUGGCCAACACAGCUUGUCACAAACCCUACGUCAGCCUCCGGGUCCCGACGUCGCUGAAGAAAGACGAGCGGCCCACAGCUGACAGCGCACCCAGCAUGCCUCUGGAAGGCAUCACCGAAGGCCCCGUAUGACGAGGGUCUCAGGACGAUGGACGCUGAGCCCAGGGCCUGCUCUUCCACCCCCCUGGCAUCAUAACACAGUAGAAGAGGCUUUCUGUCGUGUGUGUCUCAUCAGUUGUUUCUCAGAGUUACCCUUCUGCUUCAUUUUGCUGAUGGUGUUCCUGCUACUUUAAGUGUGUCUUUUCAACUUUCUCGAAUUUGCAAAGGAAGGACACAGAAACUGUCUCGGAGAGACGUACGGAAGGAGGCCGCAAGGACGGGGCGGGUGUAACUUGGUCCAUUCCUUUAUCUGAAAUGUUUGCUGUCACAGCCACCGUCCUGUGUUGUCAUGGUUGUAAAACAUAAUAAAAGCUCCCACCUGGAA